GCAUCCUGGGUGGGGCCGGGCCGGGCCGACGCCGAGCUGGAGGUGGUGGAGGACGGUCCCGGGCACCGGCGGCCGGUGCGGGGCGAGGGGGUAGGUUUUAACGCCCUUACUGUUAACGUCAGCUUUAAAUAAACCCGAAGACUCUGCCUCCGUAACCUUCUGUGGCAUGAAUUCCACAGAUUCCACAGAAACGUUUUCUCCAUGUCCACUCUAUCUGGACCUGUCUAUAUUUGAUAGGGUUUUAAAGAGGGAGAAUAUGCUAGGAGGAAUUUCAAACCGAUCUGCAAGUCAGGAUCUUGGAGGCUCUUUCGACUGGACGUUAUGGGAGGAGGAACACUCGUUCUGCCCCGGGCACGAUUUGCAGACCGAGGUGUGACGAGGGCCGUCAGUGAUGCACCCCUGAGUGAGGGGCUACCAGAGCUCUCGCUGUAGGACGAGCUGUAGCCGGUCACGCACGGCCCGGGGAGAGCUGCGGUCACAGCGGGCGAGACACCGAGCACACGCUCCAAAUGGACGGAUUCCGGUUGGAAGCCCUGUAAUUAUCCUCCGGCAGUCCGAAAGUCCCUGACACAAGUGCUGUUCUGAGUUUGAUGGCCGGAAGCAAAGCAGUCGCUGUGAACAUUUGCAUUUGUGCUGCGUGAGUGUGAAGGAGUUUAUUAAUUUCUCUUCCUGUUGAAAGCAAACACUGCCUUCACACUAAUGAAACAGUUUCAGUGUUCCGACUGUGGGAAAAACUUUAAACGCUCUAAUGCCCUGAUAACGCACCAGUACAUUCACACCGGAGAGCGGCCGUUCGUCUGCUCAGUGUGCGGGAAAGGAUUCACCCACUCGUCCCACCUGGUGAACCACAAACGGGUCCACACCGGGGAGCGGCCGUUCAUCUGCUCCAUGUGCGGGAGGGGGUUCACUCAGUCGUCCAACCUGCUGACCCACCAGCGGGUCCACACCGGGGAGAGGCCGUACACCUGCCUGGAGUGCGGGAAAGGGUUCACUUACACGUCUCAGCUACUGAACCACCAGAGAGUGCACACCGUGGAGAGGCCGUUCACCUGCUCCGUGUGCGGGAAAGGGUUCAAUCAGUCGUCCUCCCUGCUGAGACACCAGAGGGUGCACACCGGCGAGCGGCCGUUCACCUGCUCCGUGUGCGGGAAGGGCUUCGCCCACCCGGGCAAUCUACUGACCCACCAACGGGUCCACACUGGCGAGAGGCCGUUCACCUGCUCUGUGUGCGAGAAGGGAUUCACUCAGUCCUCCCACUUGCUGAGACACCAACGGCUUCACACUGGGGAGAGGUUCUGACCCUUAAACGUGAGGAAAAUGUAAACAUUGCAGAGGCUGGGAAUUAGAAUCUGCAAUCGUUGCUGCUAACGUGUCCAGGAUUGACUUGAUGUGCAGUUGAUCUCUUUAACGUUAAGAGUCAGAUUAACCAGCCUGUAGUUUAAUCUCCUUGAGUCCAAGUCAAAUAAAUUGGUUCUGUUUGAAGCAAACAAUCUUGCCCCA